AUAUUUUUUCGGGAUUUCAAUUUUCAAAACCCUCGAUAAUUUCAAACAAAAAAAAAUUCGAGAGAGGAAUAUUCGUCAUCGGUGGCGCUAACAUUCUUCCGCGAGUGACCUUGGCUUUCUCGUCCACCACUAAGUUCAAGAUGGAAAGACUCGAAUGACAGUGUUCGAUUUUUCCUUGUCUCCUUUGACCGAAAGUAUAUUUUUUUCUUCGGUUUUGUUCUAAACUUUCAUUUGUUGAAAAAACUGUUUAUUUUUUCCUUUUAUUAUUAGCUUGUUUAUGUUAUGCAACUUUGAUGAAUAUUUACCUUUUAAGCAAAGGUUAUAAAAAACAUCUAUAACCCAUUUUCUUAUUUCGGUUUAUUUUUAUAAUUAAUUUUCUUCGUUAAAAUGGUAAUGUUUUGCAGAAGUUAGUAAUUAACUGGCUUUUAAUGAUCAAUUGAAGGAGUCUUUAUGGUAAUUAGUAUGGGCCCUGACUUGAGCAAAAGGCAAGUCCAAAACAAUGAUGGAAGUGAUUUCGAACAAUAGUGAAAAUGGAAGCUUGCCCCAAGAUUCCAAAGAUACGCGUAUGCUUUGUGUAAGUAAUUGUGAGGACAAAAACUUUGGUGAAGAAACAUUGUAUGGAGUAGGACGAGUGAAGAUACCCGAAGGAAAUGAGGAUAUGGAGAUUAACAUAACUGAAUGCACAAUUUUGGCGUGGAUAGGUUGGCUGUUGCUGAAUGUCAGGAUGUCACUGAGAAAUCGAGUUCUUUUGGUGGCACAGUGUCUGGGUGUGAGAAUGAUUCAGCGAUAAGUGAUGCUGAAGUUGAAUCGGCAUUAUGUGGUGGAAGUCCGUUGGGAUCAGUGUUUGAUGGAUUGUUUCACAUGAGGAAGAGAAAGUUGAUGGAUCAUUGGAGGAGGUUUAUACGUCCCCUCAUGUGGCGAUGUAAAUGGUUAGAGCUGCAGCUUAAGGAAUUUAAGUCUCAGGCAUUGACGUAUGAUAGAGAAGUUGUGGAAUAUGAUCAGAGAAAGAAGUUUGAAUAUGAAAAGUUCGCAUUUGAAGGGCUUGAUGUGAAGUCACAACCUUUUCCUUGUCAAAUUCAAAGAAAGAAAGUAAUGAAGAGGAGGAAAAGAAAACGAGUUGAAGAUACUGCUGAUUUAGCGUUUUACAUGUCACAUCAUAACCUCUUCUCAUAUUAUGAAAGUAAGAAAUCUGUUGUUGCUACUGAUGCUCUGGAUGAUGAUAAUGGUAAUUUAGGAACCAAAGCGGUCAACAGUAAUGAUGACUUUGGGUUUAAUAAUGGAUUGUCAUGUCUUGAAUUCAGAGACCGUGAUGCUUGGUCAGAACAGAUCCUUAGAAAGAUUGAUCUGGUUCAGUCACAAGUUCGCAAACUAAAGAGCCGAGUUGACAAGGUGUUAAAUGAAACUCCUUGAAAGUUCUCUUCCAUUAAUAUGUUGAGUUCAGUUGUGCCAUGCGAUGCAUUACCUGGUGAGUGGAGAUAGAAUCCCAAUUAGAUCUCAAUAUACUUCAUCCCAGCAUCUAUCUGAGUGUAACAUGGGAGAUAUUUUUAUGCUUGGAACUGCAGUUUCAAGUCAUGGAGAGGUGACACCUUUCCAUGAUAUGAUUGAGGGCACAGGUCAGCAUCUUGCAGGGAUUUCUUAUGAAAAUACUGAGGAUGAUAUUUUGAUACAUAACCAGGCUGCCAAGGAAGAGUUGCGCAAUUUUCAAAGUGGUUUAACUCAGAAGGAAGGAGAGCUGCAGAUACUAGUUAAAAAGCCUAAGCCCGUAUCUACUGUUCUUGCUUUUGGAGAUGACCUUCCUACGAACCCUUCUGUUCAACCAAAUGUGAAGUCAUCUCUAACUUCCAAGUCAAAGGGCCCUAAUAACAAAAGGAAAAGAGGGAAAAGAAAAUCAGGCGGUGGUAGGUGGAGUCGAAGAUCCUCAGGUUAGCUAAAUUUAUUAAGUUAGGAUCUUGUUUCUGUAAAUGCUCAGUGUUUUCCACUUUCUUUGUUUCAUGUUUCAAGGAUGAUCUGUACAUGCACUUCUCACCCUGAUUGGAACAUACUUGUUCAGUUUAGAUGCUCUGCGAUAUUCAAAGUAUGGCUUUCGGUCUGUAUGGGAAUAUUACUUGAUUUUGGUGAUGUGCCAAUCCCCAGUCUCUCAAUCAGAUGUGCCAAUCCCCAGUCUCUCAAUCAAUUUGUUAUUGAUUAGGAAUUGAAAAUCCAAUUUUAAAAUUUCACGUUUAGAUCUGAGGAGUGAAAGGUAAAGUUUUAAACAAGAAAGGAUUAAUUGUAUAAUAUACCACUGAGAUUUUAUAAGGAAAAAAAAAUUCCAAUGAAGUUUGAAAAUGAGAUGAAAUGCAAAUUGUUUGCUGGUUUUAAGGAGCAGUAGAAAAAGAAUGUACCUUUGGAUCAUGAGAUUCAAGGAUUUCUGUCGUACUGAGUUUAAUCGAUGGAUUCUGUAGUCUGUGACUACAAAGUCAAAAAAUGUCAAAAUGUACGGUGUUUGCCAAACCCCCUUUG